UAUUUAGGAGUUAUUUACAUUCUGUCAGUUGAAACAAACGUUACUUCCUUAGUUUUGUUUGAAUUUAGUAGUUAUUUUCACUUAUUUAUUCAUAUUCUUGAUUAAGAUAGUCUGUAUCCCUCCCUGGUGAUUGGUAUUUAAAAGCUCUUAGACUUAAGGUAUAUAUAACCUGAAUAUUAGAAAGGGAGAUCCUGUGCACUCGUAAUGAUUGAAUUCCCACAUCACCAACAUCACUUUUUUUGGUGGGCCUCAAAUGCAGGAGUCAUGUAGUCUGAGUCUGCUUGGGGUGGAGUGAAUUUUUUAUAUCUCCCAUGGCAUGAUGUUUAAGAUAGUGUAAAUGCUUGUGGCAUUGUUGGACUUAAUGAAAUUUAUCAAGGUAGUGGAGUGCUUGGAAGCCCUAAUCAAAGUACCUCAUUUCCUUUUGUGUGUUGAAUCAGAUAACUCUGUUAGAAUGAGUUACAACAUUGAGAGAGAUAAUGUGGAACCAAAUAUUGAAGACAAAUUGGGAGGAGAAACUUAACAUUGAUAAUUUUGUCCUUAAAAUAUUAGUCACUGUGAAACUGGAAGUGGACAUUAUUUAAAUUUAGUUAUGGAACACCUCAGUUGAGUUAGAAAAUGGCAGUUUCCACUGGGGCAAAAUUUGCCAAACAUGAAUUAACUGGUGCUCUAAUUGUUACUGCUGGCCAAGUUCUAAAGCCUUGGUUUCACUUUACAGGGAUAUAUUUUUCAGCAUAUAGACCUUUAAAAGGAACACAACUUUUGAAGUUCAGACUGCUUUGGCAAGCUAUUCUGAAUUGAUAUUUUAAGCACUUUUAGGUUCUGUUUGUUAUGUUGAGCUUCAUGUUGGCAAGAGAGAAAAACCCUGCAUCUUUUUCUCUUAGGAAUAUUCUUUUUUUCUAAUAAAAAAUUAGUUUUAAUGUGCAACAAUUUUUUAACAUUUUGCCACAUUCACUUCAUAGGUAGAUAGUAUAUGCAUACACAUAUAUUCUAUUUCUCGAAAACAAGGAUAGUCCUAUCCCAAAAUGUGGGAUUCAUGACAGUGAUCAUAAUGUGGGGAGAGAAGGGUAUAUUGUCAUGUACGUGGAAUAAUUCAGUGAAACAAUAUUUAUAACUGUGUAUCAAAUAAUAUAUCUACACAACUUUUAUACUCUGUUACAUUAACUUACCUAAGAGAAAAUGUGAUGUUUGGCUGAUUUCACUUUGUGUAAUCUCCAAUUCCAUACAUUUUGUUACAGAUAUCAAGAUUUCAUUUUUUCUUUUCUUUUUUUUUUUUAAGAUUUAUUUAUUUAUUUGAAAGGCAUAGUUACUGAGAGGCAGAGCGAGAGGGAGAGAUAUCUUCCAUCUGCUGUAUCACUCCCCAAAUGGCUGCAACAGCUGGAGCUGGGCCAAUCUGAAACUAAGAGCCAGGAGCUUCUUCUGGGUCUCCCACAUGGAUGCAAGGGUCCAAGGACUUGGACCAUCCUCUGCUGCUUCUCCAGGUGACACUGAUGAUAAAAAUCCGUUCAAGAAUUUAGAUGUGACAUCUGCAGCAGGUUCAAAUCUCUCAGCUAUAAGACAAACUGGAUACUUCAUAAGGAUUGUCAUCUAUUAUGCACAGAGAGCCAAAAUCCAUUACUGAAAUUAUCUGAGUGAGCUGCCUGCUGGGUCCAGUGAUGCACUAGUAGACAAAGAAGUUGAAAAAGAAGGCUGCCACAGAGUGUGACACCAGUAUGGUAUCAAGCCCUACUAUGAUUCCAAGGACUUUAUGACUGAAUAAAAAAAUAAAAAAAAAAUUGUUAGUGAUGCUAUCUGUACCAUCAUUAGAAGAUUUGAAAGCAGUACUGGAAAACGAGACUGAAGAUUUGAAGGGGCCAAUGAGUAUUCUUAUCAUUGAGGCAUUCUAUGGAGGCUCCCAUAAACAGCUGGUGGACCUGCUCCAAGAAGAGUUAGAAGACUGUGUUCUUUACACCCUUCCUGCAAAGAAAUGGCACUGGAGAGCACGGACUUCGGCUCUGUACUUCUCUCAGAAUGUUCCCGUCAGUGAGCGUUACAGGAUCCUCUUUGCAAGCUCAGUACUUAACCUGACCGAACUGGCUGCCCUUCGGCCUGACCUUGGAAAAUUGAAAAAGAUUCUGUAUUUCCAUGAGAACCAAUUGGUAUAUCCUGUCAAGAAACAUCAGGAGAGGGAUUUCCAGUAUGGAUACAAUCAGAUUCUUUCAUGUCUUGUGGCUGAUGUGGUGGUGUUCAAUUCAGUUUUUAAUAUGGAAUCAUUUCUGAAUUCUAUUGGAAAAUUUAUGAAGCUGAUUCCUGACCACAGACCCAAGGAUUUGGAAAGCAUCAUUAGACCCAAGUGCCAAGUUAUUUACUUUCCCAUCAGGUUCCCUGAUGUGAGCAGAUUCAUGUCCAAGCACAAAGCAGCCCAUCUGCAGAAGAUGCUCAGCCUUUCAGGAAACAGUGACGCCCCUCCGUCCAUGGCCCUUCCAGAGCAGAGAGAGUCUGAAAAUGUAUUGAAGAAUUCUAAUUCAGUAUAUGAUGGACACCCUGGCCUGGAUAUUGCCCAAGAGGGAAACAUGGGUAACUCAUUGUGGAAGGAGUCAGACUUGGACAAGUCCAACUCAUCAAAUAAUUCAAGCUCUCAUCAUGGAGAAAAGAAACAAAAUCUGACUCUUAAUCCCUGUGACAUUUUGGGUGAAGCUGAUGAUCAGCAAAGACCAUUGCACAUUGUCUGGCCUCAUAGGUGGGAGCAUGAUAAAGAUCCAGAGAGUUUUUUUAAAGUAUUACUGCAUCUUAAGGAUUUAGGUCUCAAUUUCCACGUUUCUGUCCUUGGAGAAACCUUCACAGAUGUCCCAGAUAUAUUUUCAGAGGCCAAAAAGGCAUUGGGAUCUUCUGUCUUACAUUGGGGCUACUUACCCAGCAAAGAUGACUAUUUCCAAGUACUGUGCAUGGCUGAUGUUGUCAUCUCAACAGCUAAGCAUGAAUUCUUUGGAGUGGCAAUGUUGGAAGCUGUGUAUUGUGGCUGUUACCCAGUUUGUCCCAAAGAUUUGGUUUAUCCCGAAAUAUUUCCAGCUGAAUAUCUGUAUUCUACACCUGAACAGCUUUCCAAAAGGCUCCAGAAUUUCUGCAGGAGACCAGAUAUUGUCAGAAAACAUCUCUAUAAGGGUGAAAUGGCUCCAUUUUCCUGGGCAGCCCUGCAUGGUAAAUUCAGGUCUCUGCUUACAACAGAACCUAGGGAAGAUUUGUGACAGAUGGGGCUAAGUCACAAACUUGCAGCCUAAGGCAGAAUCUGAAGAACUUUCCAGAGUGUGCCCAUAUUUACCUGAUCAGAGAGAAAAGAAAAUCUGCAGAGGAAGCUGAGCCUGGCUGCUUGUCAUAGCUGACACGGAGCCAUCUGCCACAAACCUGUGGCAGCUUCAGAUCUCCAAUCCCUGCCACCACCCCAACCCAAAUUAAAUACAGAUUCCUAGAGACGCUAUGAUGGUUACACAUGUCCUCGGCAUCACAUGUAGGAGACUGUUCAAAAAAAAAUAUGUGGCCUGUUGUAUAACCGCACUCAUGUAUCCCAUAUGUGGUGCCACAUUGAAUUUCCGGUUGAAUCCGUUUUUAUCCUUUGUACUGGAUGACAUGGUGCCUGAAUUCUUUCUUUUCGCCGACACGAUGGCAGCCAAACUGCAGCUUCAAACACUCACACUUGGCUGGGUUUCUACCUAGGUUGCCAGGUUAUCAUCGGAGCCCUCUUGUGUCCUCAGAGGGCCACCGGGCCUGGAAGGAGGAUCAGAAUGCUGCCGGACUAAUUGGGCAGCCAUCUCGGAAUGGUUUGUGGGCAAAGGGCUGCUUUAGCACUUUUCUUUUAGCAAAUUAAUGACUCUCCGGCACAGGGGUUUUUAAGCGAAGGUAUUAAUAAGGGGUCUGGCAGGUAUUCCCAUGAUUCACAGAGUUACAUUUGCAUUUAAUUAAUCUCAAAGAAAGUUGCAAGAUAAACAGCUGUAAUUCGGACAAACAUGGCAAAUACAGUAAGAGGGGCCAUCCCGCCCAUAAAAUGAACACUGAGGUAAUUGUUUUAAUUUUUUUUGAGGCAUUAAAAGUAGAGAAUUCAAAAUACUUCUCACAAAACUAGUAAUUUUGAUUAAAAAAAAAUUCUCAAAAGUGUUUGUAUCCAGCUUGAAAUAUGAUCUUUUCCAGAUAAAUCACUUAAAUUCCAAUAGUCAAGCUGCUAUUUUUGUUGAUUUAAAGAUGUUUUGAAUGGGUAUAUGGCAAAAUAAAUUUUUAAUAAACUGUCCACUGCAGUGUUUAAUUAGCAUAUUCAGUUAGGUAGAAGUGUGUACAUCUAUCUGUAUGUUUCUCGCUGAGGGUUUUCUUUGUGUCAGAGACAACGAAUACAAUUGUUUCCUUUCCGGAUGAACAAGGAUCUGUUUUGCAAAUGUUUGUAAGAUAUUAUGACAUUUCCAAGAUUUUCUUUGCAUUCUGGAAAGCAGGAGGUAAACAUUUGUAGUCAUUAAGGUAAAGUCUGUUGAUAAACCGUCUUCUGUUUACUGACAGGUAAAUUGUAACUUUCUUAGCUUUUGAAAUGAAUAACUUCUAUACACUGCAGAGUGAGGAGCAGUAGGGAAAGGUGGCUAGCCAAGGCCCAAGCCUGGCUCUCUGGCUUCUACAAGGAUUGAGUGAUCUAGCAGACAUCCCCACGUUGAGUGAACAAUGUCUCAGAUAUCCAGUAGGGCCCAUUUCACAGGUAGCAAAAUCGAAAGCAGGCACAAGGUCAAGGUUAGAGAGCCAUGCACAGCCCUAGGGAUAGGGGCAGUCUUGCAGAUCACAAGAGGCAGUUCAGAGUCCAUGAGGCCUGGGACUCUGAAGAUAGAAAGUGUAAGAAGUGGAAACAACAAGCUCUACCUUGGAACAGAAACUCCUCUCCCCAGCCAGCCUGAGAUCCGUCACAUAGGAUGGGCCACCACAGCACUGGCUUCGGCUCAAGCCUCUGAACAAACUUCUCCCUCACCCAUAGAACAAAGGGCUCGGGAACGCUUAUGGAAGCGCCUGCCAGUCAACUGAAGCCUGAGGAACUUGGCUUCUAGCAGAGGUGCUCCUUUUGAGAGCAAAACCAAAGAUAUGACUGUAAACAAGAAGUUCUCAGGCACUUCUUCUGGGGCAGGGUUACACUUCAUGCCCUCUGCUGAGGUGGGUCAGACUAGUCAAUUUGCUUCAGUCACCGAGGUACAAUGUCACGGAUGAUGUCUUCUCAAGAUAAUAUUACAAUCUGACAGCAGAGAUUCCUUUCCAAGGUUUUCUGUCCUGAAAACAGUGGGCUCACGUUUCAUAGUGCAUAGCAUCUUUUUUUUUUUUUUUUUUGUACAGGCAGACUUAGUGAGAGAGAGAGAGAGACAGAGAGAAAGGUCUUCCUUCUGUUGGUUCACCCCCAAAUGGCCGCUACGGCCAGCGCUGCGCCAGUCCGAAGCCAGGAGCCAGGUGCUUCCUCCUGGUCUCCCAUGCGGGUGCAGGGGCCCAAGCACUUGAGCCAUCCUUCACUGCCUUCCCGGGCCACAGCAGAGAGCUGGACUGGAAGAGGAGCAACCAGGACAGAAUCCAGCGCCCCAACUGGGACUAGAACCCAGGAUACUGGCACCGCAGGCAGAGGAUUAGCCAAGUGAGCCGCGGCACUGGCCAAUAGUGCAUAGCAUCUUACAUGCACAACAACUAUCCAUGUAUGCUUCCUUGCUAAUUCAUGGAGAAAAUACAUGAGAUACUUUUCAGACCAUAAAUCUAAAUAUUUAAAUAUUUUAUGAUUGGGGAAAAAUGUGAUAUUGAAAGUUAUCCAUGUAUGGGUGUGUGUGUUUUUUUUUUUUUUUAAGAUUUAUCUAUUUGCAAGUCAGAAUCACAGAAAUAAAGAGGAAGAGACAGAGAGAGAGAGAGAGAGAGAGAGAGAGAGACCUUCCAGCUGCUGGUUCACUCCCCAAAUGGCCACAACAGCCAGUGCUGAGGCAGGUCGAAGUCAGGAGCUUUAUCCUAGUCUCCCACAUGGGUACAGGGGCCCAAGCACUAGGACUAUCCUCCACAGCUUUCCCAGGAAAAUUAGCAGGGAUCUGGCUGGGAAGUGGAGCAGCUGGGACCAGAACCAGCACCCAUAUGGGAUGCUGGCCUCCCUGGCAACAGCUUCACCCACUACAACAUAAAGCAGCCCCAUAUGGGUGUUUUUCUAUGCCCAAAUCCAGUUUUUCGUCUUUAGCUAUGGCCAGCAUUCCUUCCAAUAUUAAAAAAAGUUAUGAGUUUUGAAAAUGAUGCUGCCAUAUUUGGUAUCAGUGCAUAAAUGCAAUAAAAAAUUGUAGAAGUAUAAAAGAUGUAGCUGGGACAGGCAUUUAGCCUCGUGAUUGAGUUGCCCAUGAAGCUGCCCAUGUUCCAUAUAGAAGUACAUAGGGUUGAUUCCCAGCUUCAGCUCCUAAGUCUAGAUUCCUGCUAAAGCAAAUCCUGGAAGACAGUGGUGAUGGCUCAAGUAAUUGCUCCCUGCCACCCACAUGGCAAACCAGGGUUAAGUUCCCUGUUCCUGGUUUUAGCCUAACCGGUCGCUGGCAUAGUAGCCAUUUGGGGAAUGAACCAGCAGAUGGGAGCUGCCUUUCUGUCUGUCUCUCUUUCUCUGUUUCUGUUUUUGUCUCUCCUGCCCCAUCUCUGCCUUUCUACCUCUGAAAUUAAAAAAAAAAAAAAUUUAAACAUGUCUGUGGUGGAGCUGGCAUUGUGGCGUAGCAGGCUGGGUCAAUGGCACCAGCAUCCCAUAUGGACACUGGUUCCAUUCUCAGCUGUUCCACUUCUAAUCCAUACUCAGGAUAAUGCACCUGAGAGGGCAACAGAGGAUGACCCGAGAAAGUGGGCCCCUGCACUCAUGUGGAGGACCCUGGUGAAGCUCCUAGCUUCAUCCUGACCUGGCCUCGGCCUUUGCAGCCAUUUGGGGAGUGAACCAGAAAAUGGAGGAUCUCUCUCUCUCUCUCUCUCUCUCUCUCUCUCUCUUUUUCUCUCUCUCUGGCUCUCCUUCUCUCUUUGUAACUCUGCCUUUCAAAAUAAUAAAUAAUAUUUUUUAAAAAAGAUGUAUGUCUGUGCUUACAUAUAUGUGUGUACUCCUCAACACCUAUGACAUGGUGAAGUGAGUAGAGUGUCAUUAAGCUAAUUGAUAUUUGCUGUCAUCACCAGAUAAUUGGGAAUACAAAUUGGGGGAAAUUCAACUUAUUAAUUACCAUUUUCCUUAGUUUCAUUCUGGGGAAUCAACUCCAGAAAUCAAGCAUUGCUGUUUAUUGUUCUAAGUAUGUUUGUUAAAAUUGUUCAUCUUUCCUCUUUUAACUCUCCCUUACAUUCAUUUUAUUCUUUUCAAAUAAAUCAUGAAGCCAAUUGAAUUUUAAAUAUCUCUAAAGUUCUGCCCACAUCAAGGUAUUGAUACAAUGUCUAGGAUAAGUGCUCUGAACUUCAUUAAUCCGUGUUUCUGGCUAGGUGUUUCUAUACUAAAUGCCACGUGUUGAUUAGGAAUAAUAGGUCAAAAGAUUGUCAAAAUGUUCCUGGCUUAAUAGGCAUCCUUCAAAUGCAGUUAGAUUUACAUGGACUUCUCUUCUCAAUUCUUUAGUCAUAACACGUAAGAUGGCAGCAGAAUCCACAGCUCAGUGGAAACCCUUAUCCAUGGAGGGCUGCACAGAUUCAUUUCAACACCUUGAAAUGCAUCUGGAACCAAAGAUUUCAUUUUAUGUUGAAGGUGUUAAUUAUAUUUGAUAUUUUUAAAAGUAAAAUCUGUUUUUGAGAAAGCAUCUGCUACCCAGAAGCAUUAUGAGCCACAAAAGAAUUUCAUGUGAGGCUCAAGAUACUUUCUGUGGGUGAUAGAAUCAGUUUUCAAAUGGAGUCCAUGCUGUCUUUUAAUGCUGACUUGUUCUGAUUCUUACUUUUCUAUUGCCUAUUGGCAAGUAUCGCCCUAACCGCCUUUCUGUUUCAGUGGAAAAUUGGGAGUAUUUAAUAUCAGAUCUUAUAUUUAGCAAUGAAAAGAGUAUAUUAUAAAUCACCAGCUUAGACAUGUUUCAUUUUGUAAUUUGCAUGGGAAGGGUGCCACUUGGCCCAGCAGUUAAGCUUUGGUUAAGAUGCCUACAUCCCAUAUUGCAGUGUCUGGGUUCAAGUCCUACCUCAGCUCCUGACUCCAGCUUCCUACUAAUUCGCACCCUGGUAAACAGUGAUGGCUCAAGUAAUUUGGUUCCUGCCACCCAGGUGGGAGACCUGGAUUGAGUUCCCAGAUCCUGGCUUUGGCCUCAGCCUAGCCCAGCCCAGCUGUAGUGAGCAGUUGGGGAGUGAAUCAGCAGAUGGGACUGCUCGUUCUCAUGCUACCCCUCUCCCCUCCCCCUACCUCUGAAACAAUUUUUUUUCUAUUUUUUAAUCAUAAAAAAGGUAAUUGAAUUGUAGGACAACUAAGGCUUCUAUAAUAUACCCUCCCUUCCAAGCAAUGCAUUAAAAUUUAACAGAAACAUUUAAAACAUGCAAGCAAUUUUCAGUACUGCUCAAAAGUGGGUGCAUGUGUAAGUGAAGUGUGACAAAAAUCACCGGAAUAAACAUCAAAUUUAUAGUAACAGGUCCAGGGGGUGACGGUGGAAAGAAUGGGAAGAGGCACUUUGGCCAUGCAAUUAAACUGGACUAUGAUACAUAAAGGCGUGUAACUGCUUCUGACUUUAUGAUGUUUCACAUGUCUUAAAUGUUGUUAUUGGAUAUACCUUCUCAUAGGAGCUGUAAGUACUUCAGGAAACAUGCAGUUAGCUUUGCUACCAUGCCAUUCUUAACAUUUCUUUGACUUCUAAAACUAUUGACAGACUUGGAAACCAUUUCUCUCAGAUAGUGACUGAAACUGCUCUCACAGCCAAAUGUGCACGAGCUGCCUUUUACUUACCAGGAGGCACAGGUCUCACCUCAACCCUGACACAAAUCAUGCCAUGGAGAUGCUCAGACUGGACCAUCCAUGAGUUCCUUUUCCUUGGUGCUGGUGAUCAUCAUUUCUGACUAAUGCCUGUAACAUUACAAAUAAAAGGUGGAAAUUGAGAACUCCCUUGUUAAGGUUAAUGAGGAAGACGAAAAUGUCAGAGCUGUGUGGAAAAGCACAGUAGCUGUGGGUGCAGCCAAGUGCCUGACCUGCUGUUCUUACUGUCCUCACCUGUCCCCUUCCCUCUUCAAGACAGGUGUGACUUUUGGUCUCUGUCCUUUCAUUGCUAUCUGUCCCGUGAGAAGGGAGUUGUCCCUAGUAUCUUGAUGGAUAUCUUGUCAAUACAUGUGAGGUGCACGUGGCUUUGGGGACCAAGAUCCCCAGCUCACUACGCAGCUGUUUUCGUAAGUUAGCUUUGGAGCUCACUGUCUUCAGGGCCCUCCUACUGUCUGUCAUUCCCUGAGAGAUUCCUUACUGUCCCCCAAGGCUCCGUGGCAACGUGCAUCAACCCUGAGAAGCUCCUAAUUGUUUUCAGAACCUGUUGUAAGGAAUCGAUGCCUGAAAGAUUAUCUAAAAUUUACAUUACUCUGCUUUAAGUGAUUGUACUUAAAUAGAAGACUUCAGGUGGAGUGCUGUCAGAUGGGACUCCUAAGAGGAACGUGUCAUUGCAUAAGUUCCCCUAGCAAUGUGAUGUGCUUUACAUUUGAAAAUUUCAUAUUUCCAACAUCAUUUCAUUUUUCAUGAGUUGGCAUAUGUUAUGGGGUAAAAAAUACUUUUUAGAAGCCUUUCCCUAUAUGGGAUGUAAUCAUUGUUACCAACGUGCCUUUCAGGAAGCACCAAGUUGAGUGUGCAUGACCCAGUUCCCUUCCAUUGCUUCGCCACGCUAGAGAGCGAAAGCUAGCAGGGGGAUUGCUUUGUGGCCAGCAUUGUUGAUGUUAAAAGUGACAUGAGAGACCAUUUACUCCGUCGAUAUUUUAACAGUGCUUAUCACUGCUGUUAUUCCAUCUAGGGAAGCAUCAGUCUCUACAUCCCUCCCACCACAGGCCCCUGCACUCCCUGUGGUCUCCAUUCUGCUGCAGUCAAACAUUUAGGUGACAUCCCUGGCCCUCCAGUUAAGCCUUGAAUUUUGUAGCGUCUCUGCUUUAGAUGUACGGAAAUGGAGUGUCCAAGGAAAAGUUACUUUCAUGGGUCUCAUGGCGAUAGAGGCAGGUUUAGAACUCAGAUUUUCUAGGGGUCUUUUCAUAGGCUGUAGUCAAUUUCAUUGGUCAAGACUAGCCCUUAAAAAGGAAACAUCGUCCUCUCCAUCUUUUUUCCUCUCUUCCAUCCUUCUGCCUCCCACUAUCAGAAGAAACACAGAUAAAUAAAAUGCUAAUACCUUACUGUAGAUCUAUUUCAUGUUACACCUGGCUGUAAUUGUGUUCUAGAUGAUCAAAAAAGAGGAAUGCAAAAGAAUUAAUUUCUCAUGCUAAAAUUUCUGGCCCUAAGACACCUGUGAAAUGUCCCAACAACUGACUCUUCUCUGCUGCCUUUCAGAUCAUACAAAGGUGAAGCUGCUCCUACUUGUGGGUAUGAGGCAGCCUCCUCAGCCUCACCCAGGGCAAAGGGCCCAAAGCAGAGGGAGCACAGGGAACAUGUGGCGGCGGCAGCACCUUUAAUUGUGCAGCUUCUUCUCGUCCCAAAUAAGAUAAACCAGAAAUUACAUCCUGAAACUUAUUUCCCCAGAAAGAAAAGGAAGGGGAGGGAGAACUUUAAAAGGAGAUGCUUCUAAUAUGGUAUUAGACUGUAAUUCAUAGGGAAAUUUAUGCCUGAGAUAUGAAUUUCUGAAAAUAGAGGGUUUUUUAAAAGGGAAACACUGACACAUCCUUAAUUAUAGAGUAAUAAAUACCAAUGGUAUAUUAUCUUCCGAUAUUUCCUUACACAGAUACCAAAGCAUGCAGCUGUUUUUGAAAACUGAUAAUCAAGUACAAUAUAAGUCUAUUACAUCUUGCACUUACAACACACCCUCCAACUAAGCAGCAUCAUGGAGCACUUAUAGUGAGAAGCAGGGCUGCUUGGAGUUAGAAACUUAACUGAACAAAUUAGCUUAGAAUCGUAACUUAAGAAUCGUAGUCAAACCAAAAUGCCUGUCCUUGCCAGGAAAGGCAUUCCAAAGGCACCGAGCCUGCCAAGUACAAAGCCUUUGCUUCAGGAUGAUGGAGGCAGUUCUGGAAAGCCAGCAUAACUUAAUGAUCAAUCAGGAAAAUGUACAGCAGGAUCUACACAACUGCAGGAUGCAUAAAACUGGUACAAAGCAUUAAUAGUGGAAUGAGAGGUAGAAUGGGGUUUUACCAGAAAAUGUGUAGCUCUGAGGAAGCUCCCUGUAUUGCUUUCAAUCCAGGCAGCAGAAACGCAAAGAGAGAAACAUGGUCAAAGAAAAGUAUGUGGACAAAUGUGGGGGGUAGAAAAGGAAAUGAAGGUUAAACAAGGCCAAUAUGAUUCAGAAUAAAAGGGAGGGCGGGAAGUUUAAGGAGCCAGCUGCAAUUACUAACUGUUACAUUAAGAAGGGCUGAAAUGGAGUGCAGGAGGGCUGGGCAUUUUACGCAGUGGAUUAAUGUCCUCUUCCUUGGGUGUCUGAAGUUGUGGAUUUUAAUUUAUUUGGUGCAGGGAUUGUGAAAUGUUUAAUGGAUGGGGGGGCUAAAUAGGGGCAAUUAUAAACAGAGUAGAAAAGAGGAACAUAUGAAACAUUGUAUAGCGUUCAUUAGAAUCAAUAGGGUUUGCAGCUAUGGACAAAGGUCACUAGUCAAAAAAAAAUUAAGUCCAUGAUAAUAGAAUUUAGAGGAGGUAUAUCCAAAAAUCAAUCAAAAAGACCAAAAAACAAAACAAAAUACAUAGAUGUGUGAGGCCAAGGAUUUUGAAUGUCUUAGGACCUAGUUUUAUGGCCAUUCUCCUUUCUCCACCCAUUUAAAAAAUAAAUCAUAACUCUGGCAUUUAGAAACCUAGUCAUUCUGAACAUCAUUUAUUAAUAUAAACUUAAUUCUGUGCUGUCCUUUGGUGGGUGGUAAGAACAUGAACUAACAACAACUGGCCUAAAACAACAACAGGGCAGUCCACUCAAGCACAGGAAAGCUAUGAGAAAAGAAAAACUUCCUAAUUUGCUCUUUCACCUUAUUUAUUUUACUGAAGGAUGAAGCCAAAGUGGAGAGGGUGUGGUUACAUCACAGAAGGACCAAAUGCCUUCAAGGAGAUUUUUUUAAGCUUCCCUAAAUUUGUAUCAGGAGGACGAUGGGAAUUGAAACCUUGUGUGAUUUACAUCAUUUUGUUAAUCUGCUGAUUUUCUUCCCGGGAAGGUGGGAGAGAAGGAAAGCUCUCUGCUUUCUACAAUUGCAGACACUAGGGCAGAAACUUAAUCGAGUUCUUAUUCCCUGAGUGUACCUUGGUUGUCAUCUGGCUGGCAGCCAGUCCACAGAUGUAUUGGUUCAGGCAUUUGCCUGGCCAAUAUUGUUAGGAAUCAUUUAAAUUGGAAAUAUGCAUCAGAAGGUAUUUAAGAAUUACUGAUAUGCAGCUAUUAAUCUUGAAUGCAAAUAGUAUUAUUUGGGGUGUGGACAAAUCACUUAACUGGAACCACAUGAAAAAGCACUUUGAAAAAAAAAAACAUUUUUGCAGGCUGUUGGGGAAAUGGCAUUGGUGAACAGAAAUACAAUUGCCAAGUGGAAAAACCUACUCUUCAAAGACGCAGCCUGCUGCAGCAACUAGGCAGCGUGGCCUUGCUGCCUUCAACCUGCCGCACCACUGUACCAGCUGAAAGCAAACCCGUUGCUAACAAAGAGACCAACGGGUCUAUUUCUAAAGCUGAUCCAGCUCCAAGAGGGAGAGCACGCAGAUGGGUGCCGUGGGGUGGCUGAGGGUGAUCCUCAAAGGUCACCAGCUGUGUAACUUCAGUGUGAGAGGAGAAGGUGCAGCCCUCGAGGUGUGUAAUGGUCACAAGUGGCUUCGGAGGCCCAGCAGUUCUCCAUUCAGGACAUCACGGGGAGGGGGGUUGAGCCAUAUCUGAAAUCUCAGGGACAGGGUGGAGACUGUUUUGUGAUCAUGAUUAAUUAAAAAGGAGGAAUCAAAGCAGACAGCUCUCCUGUUUCCAGUUGAGCUGCAGAGCCACGGAGAGGAACGUGUGUGCUCUCUGGUGCUUGCAGCUAUGUUCCCUGGCUUUCAAUCGCCUUGGCUUUUCCCCUGUAUUUCUAAUGCUGUGAUAUCGGGCCAAUAAAAUGGAAUCUACAAAA